GGAACAUGCAUAGAAGCAAAAGGAAAAAAAAAAUAUUGAGCACAAUUCCACCACUUGGAGAAUAAACACUUACAAAAAUACUAGAUUUACCCUUCUAGAUUUUUCCAUGCACACGUCAGCUCCUGCCCAUUGCCUGGGUCCACUGCCUGGGUCGUCUCUCUGUCUGCACCUCAGCCAGGGUCCCCGAGCUCUUCUUAAGAGCCCCUUCCCACGAAAGAUCUCAUGAGUAGAAGAUUUCACAAGAGAUUUCACCGAGGAGGGAGUUCAAUCAUGUCCCUCCAGCAAACAGUUUUCAAACCCACCACAGAACUUUCUCGUCUUCAAAUUCCUUGUCCGCCAUGCUGCCUGCCACUGAGGGUUCUUUUCUCUUACCUCCUCUCUGUAGGGCCUGUGGUCUCGUUCUCCCAGAUCCUCAUCCGUCCCUGAUGCCUUGUGACUUCUUCCCUCUUUGCCCUCAGCUCCAGCUCUAACCCUGCCCUCAGGGUCCCUGGGACAUCACCCAGAAGUUGUGCACAUCUCUUCUGCUUACAUCCUAUGACCAGAAGGACCUACGGUUCCCCAAUGGAGAGAAAUGGGUCUCUUAUUCUGGACUGCUGGGGGCCCAGCUCUUUUCAGCCACUUGGCAAAAGGGGACAAAGGCUAGCAAUUUCUCCCAUGCUUUGCAUAUUCAUGCACGUGCCUUAGGAGUGGAUGAUUGCUGUGCUGGGCAUGAAGCCUGUGGGAAGUGGCUUGAGAGAGUGUUGCAAUAGUCCUUUCCUAACAGAGACCAGAAGACACAAAGUGUGGGUAGGUAGAACAGAGGUUUGGAAAAACUGGGAGCAAAGCUGUUCCUGCCUGUCCUGGAGUCAAGAGAACAUUUUGGCUCACCACCAACAGCAAAACUCAAGGAAGAUCCUUGAAGGAGGCUUGGGGGGGGGGGCGCCAUGAUGCCCCAGCUCCCGACCUGGCUCUGCACCGGGCUGUGCGCUGGCCAAGGAAGCAGGGGGACUGACGAGCCCCUUCCCAAGCCCACCCUCAGGGCCUGGCCCAGCUGGGUGGUGCCGCCCAGAAGCAGUGUAAGGCUGCAGUGCCAGACCCCGACCAAGGAUGUCGACUUUGUUCUCAAAAAGGGUAAUGUUGUUUUGGACUUUUCACGAUCACCGGCUUCCAAGGAGGGCCUGGCUGAAUUUCACCUCACUGACCUAAGAACCAGCCACGCUGGAGACUACACCUGUGAGUGCUACAGACCAGGGGCCCGGACAUCAGAUCACCGCCCAGGCUCGUGGGGGCGGGGGGACCUCCUUCCCGCAGAGUCGAAAGAGGGUGACACCAGGGAUCUGUGUCCCACCUUCAGCAGGAACACCCCGUGGGAGAACAAGGGAGGUCUCCCUAAACCUUCCCUGCAAGCCCACCGAAGGGGUGUGGUGGCCGCAGGAGACGACGUGACCCUGCAGUGCCAGAGGCCAGACAAUACUUUCGGGCCCAUGAGGUUCGCCCUGCUGAAGGCGGGAGCGGCAGAGCCCAUCCGGCUCCGGACCCCAGCCGGCCAGGAGGCGGACUUCCCCCUGCAGACUGUGACGGUCGGUGACGCCGGGAACUACAGCUGUGUCUACUUCCAGACCGGGACUCCUUUCUGGGCCUCACAGCCUAGCGAUCGUCUUGAGAUCCGGGUGAGAGGCCACUGGUUGUCCCCUGGGGGCGAUUUUGCCACUCGGCAGGCAGCGUAUGGCAAUGUCUGA